GAAGCUUUCUCAAGGAACCGUGCUAUUUGCAAGCUGCAUGUCAAACGAAACAUGCUUGCAGGUUUCGAUGUGAUGGCAGAAAUUUGGUCACGUGUCAUGUAGAUGCUACUUGUCACAUAAACAUCAUGCCAGGAAACUUCAUUCUGAAAUUUGAGAAGACUGCACUCAAUAAACUCUUCUGCGCAAAACUCCAGCUCACAGCAUGCCUCCCACACCUCUGGAGCCUCUGCUCGCAGCCGAAGCACCUCCAGUAAGAACAAGGAAAGGAUGGAUUAGAUGCGGAUGUUGUUCUAAGGUCUUCCUGACAAUGAUCCUCGCUAUCGUUUUAUCUAUGUAUCUAGCUCUUCCUUCCUUAACUCCAACUCCACCGGGCCAUGUUGCAGUUAUCUCGCCUUUUGAGAUUCACACGAUUACGGAUUUCCUCGCCGCUGCCAAGUCUGGUAUCAUGCCUGGAAACCGAAAAACAGAACUACCUCUUAUGCCCGAGGAGGUAGUGAAAAAUUUGUCGACUGAUUACGCUGAAUGGGCGCCGGAGCCUUUCAAAUCCCAACUUAGCUCGGAGAGUGCAUUUGUAUUUUUUCCCGCUGCGUCGCCGUUGGCUAGAAUCGCAAUGGCAGCAUCUGGGAUGAGUGACAUUUUGCGUGCUGCACUAGAUUCACUGAGCAUUGAACGAAAUUUGGAUAUGAUGAAGAAAAGAAUUUGGCAUGGCAUGUCACCAAUUCCUCCUGCCCGUUGGAAGUCCAUGGGCCUCUCUAAAUUAGAUAACGUCGAAGUAGCUCUCUCUCAAAUACAGCUCAUAGUAGAUGUUUUUGACUAUCUUCAUACUCCUCGUGUACAAGGCCGAUUGCGAGAUAUUUAUAACCAUAUUUGGUUCGAAUUUGACAUUCUUCAAGAUGUAUUAGACGCGGUGGAAGUUUCGAAUGGAAGAUCUAAACCAGUUUACAAUCUGCCGGCUCUGUGGCAAGAAUACAUCCAAUCAUAUCUCUUCGAAAACAUGGCUUUCCAAUCCCGCAGCUUUAUAUUCACAAACUUACUCCCUCUUUAUAACGCAACUCGUUCCGAAUUCUUCAAUCAGUCGAGACCUGCUUUUGAUGAAGCUGAGGUUACUCCAAUUCCUCAGCAUCACUUUCGUGUUCUAAACAGUAUACUCGAUCUCUAUAUCGAAACCGAGUUCCAUGUUGUACCACAUACUGUCGGGUUCGUAUACAGACAUGAACCAGGGAAUGUGACUGGGCUACUGAGUGAGGAUGAAAGCUCGUGGAAAAAGAAUAAUGCGAUAUAUGAGAGUCUCCAAACGGCAAGAAGACAAGACUUCCAGUUAGACUAUCAAAGAAAAACCAAAGAGGCGACUGAGACGAGAGUCGCAAAUGAUAAGAAUUUCCCAUUUGGAAAAAAGCAGGAAGCUCUACAGCCCAUAUGGGACAUCUUAGAUAGGGCAGAUGCGCACCAAACAGCACAGCCACAAAUCUUGACCCCUUCAAAGGUAGAAGAGGAAGGUUGGGUAAGAGAAUUGAGUAGCAUUGAUAAAUUUGGAUACGUCAUCUAUAAAAUGAGCAAGGGGCAAAAUGAAGAGGAAUGGAAAAGCUUUCUUGAUAGACUGGAAGUGGGGUUAGAUAGUGGAUGGGAAGAUAUGGUAGGAGUUGAGAAUGUGAGACAAAAAGUGACUUUGCAUUGGAUAGAUGGACCCGAUGAAAGUAUAUUCGAGGACGAUUUUGCAGAUGCUAGAGAACACUUUCAAAGCAUGGUAGUUUCACAAAGCGUUCCAGUUAAUUUUUCCACAACAACCUUUCUCGUCGUUGACUCUGCAUCUUUCUCAUCGUUUGGUUCUAUUCCAGAAAGUAGUAAUCGUGGCUUUCUGAAUGUUGUCUCGGCAGAAUUUGAUCCUGCUUCCAAUCUAAUAGAGGGAUAUAAUGGUGCUUUCAAGAUCAUAGAUCAAUUGGUGUGGACAGAAUUGUAUCCUUUGGUUGAAUAUUUCAAAUGUGCUAGCUUAGAUGCAUUCUGGGAACUGGCUAGAAACCGACCUUCAGAACUGUACAUUGGGGCAACAGCAGAGACCUCGAAGUUUAAAGAAAGAACGGGGAUCCUUUGAAUAAUUAGAUCUAUAGAUAAGAUGAAUAGCUAAGUUCCGCAAGAACAAGAUCUUAGACAAAAUGAAGAAUACCCAUCAAUGAAAAUAUCGAAAGGAUUUUGUAUGGAGCUUCUCCGA